UCUUCAUUGCUUUUCCAAUAAUCUCUCCUUUUUACUUGAAAUCCAUGGCGAUUGCAUCCCUUUCUCGUCCCAACAAAAUGGUUGUGGCUUUAGCCUUAGCCUUAUUCGCCGUGUUCAUGGGGAACUCAUCGGCUCAUCUCUCUCCCGAUUUCUACUACAAGAGCUGCCCCAAGCUCCUUAGCACUGUCCGAGCUGGUGUUCGGUCUGCCGUGGCUAAAGAACCUCGCAUGGGCGCUUCCCUUCUCCGCCUCCACUUUCAUGACUGCUUCGUUAACGGUUGCGAUGGAUCGAUCCUUCUGGAAGAUACUCCUACGUUUACGGGAGAGCAAACUGCAGCUCCCAAUAAUAGAUCCGUUAGAGGGUUCAAUGUGAUUGAGAGUAUAAAGAAAAAUCUUGAAAAAGUUUGUCCGGGUGUUGUCUCUUGUGCUGAUAUAUUGACUCUUUCUGCUCGUGACUCUGUCGUGGCACUUGGAGGACCAAGUUGGAAGGUUAAAUUAGGGAGAAGAGAUUCCAAAACAUUAUUUCAGCUUGGAGGACCAAGUUGGAAGGUUAAAUUAGGGAGAAGAGAUUCCAAAACAGCCAGCUUCUCUGAUGUCGUUGGUGCCAUUCCUCCGCCAACUUCCACCCUCGACACCCUCAUCAACCGAUUCAACACUAAGGGCCUCUCCCCUCGAGACUUGGUUGCCUUAUCCGGAGCCCACACCAUUGGACAAGCUCGGUGUUUAUUUUUCAAGAAUCGUAUAUACAACGAGACCAACAUCGACGAGUCAUUUGCUAAAGAGAGGCAACGAAGCUGCCCAAGAAAUGGAGGCGACGACAAUCGUGCCCCUUUGGACUUUAGAACCCCAAAGCUUUUCGAUAACUACUACUACAAGAACCUUUUGGAGAAGAAGGCCCUGCUUCGCUCCGAUCAGGUGCUCCACGACGGCGGAUCCACUGAUUCCUUGGUUGAACUCUACGGUGAUGAUAGUGAUGCCUUUGAGUCUGACUUCGUGGCUGCUAUGAUCAAGAUGGGCGACAUUCAACCACUCACUGGAUCGCAAGGCCAGAUCCGAAAGGUCUGCAGCCGACCCAAUUGAUGAACUUUAAUUUGAUGAUUGAGAAUAAUUAUUUUUCGUUUUGUUUUAAAUUCGUUUAAAAAAAUAAUAAGCUAAGU